AUUAUGAAGGCGGUGGGACGGAAGUGCCCUCAUUGUUGCUGCGGGUUGAUCACAGGCGAGCCAAGAUGGCAGAGUACCUGGCGUCCAUUUUUGGGACAGAGAAAGAUAAGGUCAACUGUUCUUUUUAUUUUAAAAUUGGUGCCUGCCGACAUGGCGACCGCUGUUCCAGAUUACACAAUAAGCCGACAUUCAGCCAGACAAUUGCCCUCCUGAACAUUUACCGGAACCCUCAAAAUAGUGCCCAGUCUGCUGAUGGCCUGACCUGUGCCAUCAGUGACAUGGAGAUGCAGGAGCACUAUGAUGAGUUUUUUGAGGAGGUCUUCACAGAGAUGGAAGAGAAGUACGGAGAGGUGGAGGAAAUGAACGUAUGCGACAACCUCGGGGACCACCUAGUAGGAAAUGUGUAUGUCAAGUUCCGUUACGAAGAAGAUGCGGAGAAGGCCGUGAUAGACCUGAAUAAUCGGUGGUUUAAUGGACAGCCCAUCCAUGCUGAGCUCUCUCCCGUCACAGACUUCAGAGAAGCCUGCUGUCGCCAAUAUGAAAUGGGGGAAUGCACUCGUGGUGGCUUCUGCAACUUCAUGCAUCUGAAGCCCAUCUCGCGUGAACUGAGGAGAGAGCUCUAUGGGCGUCGGAGGAAGAGCCGUCAUAGGUCCCGGUCUCGAUCGAGAGAGAGGCGAUCUCGCUCAAGGGACAGAGGUCGAGGAGGAGGAGGAGGAGGAGGUGGAGGAGGAGGCGGCGGCGGCGGCGGCGGCGGUGGUGGUGGCCGUGACCACGAGAGACGUCGCUCCAGAGACAGAGAGCGUUCAGGGCGAUUCUGAACCACAAGCCAUGACUACUUGUCCUUCCCUCCCCGUAUCCAUCCCCAGUCUUUUUUUAAGUUUGUACCCUUCCAGGUCCACUCUAGGACUAACUGAAAGGUACCUGAUUUUGAAGCUGUGACAGCAUUGAUGAACUUGUUUGUCCUUGAUUUCUGAAAAUGACUUUCACCUCAUUAAAUUUAACAUUUUUACUUAA